ACCCCGCCUAACAGCUGAACAACAGUUUCCUCACGCUGCACGGAUUGUUGCUGUGCAUGUUAGGGUGAGAAACAGAACUGCAAUUCAAGUUAACUUUUCUUUCUGUUGGUUUAAAUGUUUUUUGUCGAGAAUUUUAAAAAGCAAAAAAUUACAUUAGUUGUUGUCCCGCGUGUUGCAACGGUCAACAGCUUUCCGUUAGCUGUUAGCUUGUUAGCAGGGUCAGGAUUAUUUAGUUAAUUUCACUGUUGCAGCAAAAUAUGCUCCAGUAACAGUUUAGUGUGACAACGGCAGAAAUAACACAGAGAGGACUGGGGAAAAGGCUCUGAGGGUGUGAUGGAAACAGCGGCCAGUGACACAGCUGGAAGUGGGAGGGAUGUGGCUGUAAAGGGUGAAGCCGCCAUCAAACCAGAAUUCCUAACAACCAAAGAAAAAUUUCAUGGGUUUGUAGACUCUGAGUGGCAGGGCUCAAAAGGAGAACAGGCCAGUGAUAAUGGCACAGUUGAGGAGACAAAGGAGGCCUGUGUGGAGGAGCCUGAAGCUAAAAAGCUCAAACUAGACCCAGAGGAAAGGACUAAAGGGUGGAAGCAAGAUGGUAAACGCCUUCGAGGACAAAAUAAGUCAAGGCCACACACUAAGCCUACAACCUAUGAUGAAAAACGACUGUGUCUCUCAGUCAUUCAGGCCAAUAGGGAAUGUCCCUUUGGAGACAAAUGCCACUUUUAUCAUGACGUUGCUGAGUACAUGUCCUCUAAGCCUGCUGACAUUGGCGAAAGCUGCUACCUCUAUGACACGUUCGGAAAGUGUGCUUAUGGUCUCUCCUGCCGCUUCGCCAAGGCGCACACUACACCGGACUUCAAAACCAUGGAGAACACGGAUCUAGUCAAGGCUUGUGAAGGCAAGAACCCGGUGAAGAACAGCUUGAGCAAAGACCUCCAGAAUUGUCUGAGGAAGCGUUCGGUGUCCUUUAAGAAGUCAGCGGAGUACCUGAAAACACUUUCAAACAACAGAGACAACAAACAACAGCAAGGGAACGGCGAAGCUUGUGUAGCCAAAGUAUCUGCCGAUCCAACAGGAGCGGAGCAGCGUGUGGCUACUGAAGGAGAAACACAGUCCAGCCCAGAUAAACCACCACCAGUGAAGACUGUCGGCCCACUGACUGAUGCUGAUGUCAUCAAACUGCGUCAGUGUGAAAAGAAACAGGUGGACUUUCGAGACAAGCUCUACCUUGCUCCUUUAACAACAUGUGGCAAUCUGCCUUUCCGUCGUGUGUGCAAGCGCUUUGGCGCAGACAUCACCUGUGGCGAGAUGGCCAUGUGCACGAACCUGCUGCAGGGUCAGCAGUCAGAGUGGGCCCUCCUCAAGAGACACGAGAGUGAAGAUCUUUUUGGCGUCCAGGUGGAGGGCUGCUUCCCCGACACCAUGACGAGGUGUGCAGAGCUCAUCAACAACAACACUGAUGUUGACUUUGUGGACAUCAACUCUGGAUGCCCUAUUGAUCUUGUCUACAAGAAGGGUGGAGGCUGUGGCUUGAUGACGCGCACCAGAAAGUUUGAACAAAUAGUCAAAGGAAUGAAUUAUGUCCUUGAUGUCCCUUUAACAGUCAAGAUCCGCACUGGUGUUCAGGAGAAGAGCAACAUAGCACACAAGCUCAUCCCAGAGAUGAAAAAUUGGGGCGUCUCCAUGAUCACAUUGCAUGGCCGAUCCAGAGAGCAGCGCUACACCAAGUUAGCUGACUGGGACUAUAUCACCACUUGCUCCAAGCUGGCCAGUCCUGUCCCACUCUUUGGAAAUGGAGACAUUCUGUCCUAUGAAGAUGCCAUGAAAGCGAGAGAGACCGGAGUUUCUGGUAUUAUGAUUGCAAGGGGUGCUCUCAUUAAGCCCUGGAUUUUCACUGAGAUAAAGGAGAGCAGACACUGGGACAUCUCGUCCAGCGAGCGACUGGACAUCCUCAGGGAUUUCACCAACUUUGGUCUGGAGCACUGGGGCUCCGACACUCGAGGUGUGGAGAAGACCCGCACCUUCAUGCUGGAGUGGCUCUCCUUCAUGUGCAGAUAUAUUCCAGUAGGCCUGUUGGAGCGAGUGCCUCAGAAAAUCAAUGAGCGACCUCCGUACUACAUGGGCAGAAACUACCUAGAGUCACUGAUGGCCAGUCAAAACGUAGGGGACUGGGUCAGGAUUAGUGAAAUGCUUCUUGGACCUGUACCGAAGAAUUUCAACUUUUUGCCCAAACACAAAGCCAAUGCCUACAAGUGAUUUUCUCUCUGAAUGACCACUAAAAAAACAUCCAGGUUUUUGAUUUAAUUGUUAGUUUUUUAUUGGCUCUAGAGAGUAAGACAUACAGAAAGAAAAUCUGUUGUGUUUUAAAUGAUAAAGACUAUUUAAUAGUCUGUUUAUUUUUACCUGUGGUGCAGUAGUACACAUGGGUGUUUGUGUAUUUGAAAUAUAUGCAAUAAAGUUUUUGGCCACACUGA